AUGUUUCAAACUUUCAGUGGUAGCUCUCGUCGCCCGCGGCAGGUCAACCUCUCGGGCCAGAACUUGAACCCCUUUGCUACGACUCCAACACCUUGGGCAACUCCGGUAUCUGGGAGCCAGAUCAUUGUUGCUAAUGCCCAACAAAAGCGAUUGAAACGGCAGCAAGAGCGAGAGCGACUUAGGUCUGCUAUAAGGAUACAAAGAGUAUGGAGAGGAUAUAGGUCAAGGCGGGAGAUGGAAGACCUGAGGCGGAAAGAAUGGGAUGACCUGGAGCUCAAUCAAGGGGGGCUUGAUUUGGAAUCACGUUUGUUGGCUCAGAUAAAACUUUUGGUCUCUUUUUACAGGCAAACGAGAAAAGAUGACCUAGAAAGGAUAAAAAGACUGAGCUCUAACGUAGUUACAAGCGGGCUUGCAACCUGCAUGACUGCUGACCGAGCAGAUCACUUAAUUUUACCACUGGCAUUUAAUUUAGUUGAGGCGCUUAAUACUUCCCUACCAGAAUACCAACAUGAUUUGUUUCAGUUGCUCAUUUCAAUAUUAGAACAUCGUCCUAGUAUAUUCACGCGAAUAUUACAGGAAUUCUUUACUCUUCUCUCAGCUAUGUCCAAGGAUAGGUUAUUUAUCGACAAUACAAGCAGUUUUCAGACAGCAUUGAAACUUGCUCUAACUCAGUGCUCAAACUUAGAGGAUAACUGUAUGAUGAAGAUAUAUGAGUCGUUUGCAGUUUACUACUUGACUACCCCCGAAUUGCCAAGCCUUAUAAACCGAUUCGACGAAAUUUCCUCUUUCAUUGAUAUUAAUCUCCUUUCUACUACUUUAGCUUAUCUGUUCUCCACAGGCAACGCGAGUACAGUAGAUGACGAAGGAAAGAUAUGGCUACUUGCUUAUUUUAUCUCAUUCAAUCGAUUCCAUAAGCAGACUACAAAUAACCAGAAGUUUUUGAGAGCUCUUUCAGUGCAACUAUCCGAAUCUUUUGAUGAAAUAAUUUGUAGAAUUGACCAUCAAAAUGAUGAUAUCUUGAACGAGUUGAGAUACACUGAUGAUAAUGCUAAACAUGCAAAACCUUUGCCCGAAUUUAUUUUAGAUGAGUUGAACUCCUUAAUCACGCAGGAAAGUGUUACUGCAUUGAUUACUAACCUUGAAAUUGAUCACCUAACAUCUUCCCAAAUCACAGGGAAACGCUUGCACUUAACUACCAAUUAUGCACUCACACUCCUACGAAUUUUUCCCCGACGUGGAGAUGAAAUUAGGAUGUGGCUUUAUCUCGCUUCAGUAACGACGCCAAACGGUGACUCAGUUCCUACUUCAAGUUUCCUAUGGCAUGCUACACGUGCAACCUACAUGUUCUCAGCCAUAAGUUUUGAAUCAAGAACCGCACUACCUAUUUUACGCUGUGCCAUCCAAGAGAACUCAGAAGUCUCAAAAGAUCACUCGGAAGAUCAAGAUUUGUCCAUAAUACUUCUUUUUCUCGAGAUUUAUCUAUUCACAUUAAGGUUUAUUGAUGAUGAAGAGUUCUUGAGUUUAAAUGUUCCUCAUAUGGACCUAGGAAGCAACACAGUGUCUCGUCCUCGUCAAUGUGCUCUGUCCAUCAAUGAUUUAAAGAAUUUAACGUCAUUUCUCAAAAAUUUAGCCUUUGCUAUCUACUACCAAGGUCAUGAACUUCUAGACGACAGUGCGAGCUUGAAUGAAAAUUGUGUUGGAACCUUCUUCGGAAAUCAUACAGCCGUAUCAAAUCAUCAACUGAAAUAUCCUGGUCUAGCCGGGAAUAAUGCAAGCAGCCGGCCUUUUUACGGGAUAUUGGGAGUUAGUAUCAACUACGUUAAAGUAAUAGUUACUAGAACCAUGCACACAAUCUAUGAAAGAGAUUCAAGAAGGAAUUUUCUUCCGAAGGAUCAUUGGUUAAUGACGGCUCAGUUCGAGAUGGGGGGUUUUAUACCAGCAGUAGUUGUAGAAGAAGAGAGACUGCACGAUCUUAGUGGGGAUAGUGACGAUGGUAUGGAAAGUAACGAAAAUCUAAAUUUUUUUGAAAGCAGAUCCACAUCUCAAUUUAUCGGAACAAUAAGACCACGACAAGCGCUUCAGGAUGAAAACUUGCGAGGUGUGCCUCAUUCAAUUAUCCAGCCAAAAUUUACGGCUGGUGUAGGGCCCCGUCUUAAUGUUCUCCAAAAUAUGCCUUUCGUUAUUCCGUUUGAGACCCGUGUCAAGAUUUUUCGACAAUUUGUUCUGCUCGAUCAGACAAGAAGGAGAGGUGGCUAUGUAGAUCCGGAUAUCUGGCGUGUCUCAAUUCUUCAGCAUCCAUUAAAUCAACGGAAUAAUACAAGCUCCUCUCAUGAUAUUCUCGGACGCCAUCAUGCAAAAAUAAGGCGCAGCAACGUAUUUGAGGAUGCUUAUCAUCAAUUUUACGGUCUUGGUGAAGGAAUAAAGGAGCCAAUUCAGAUUACUUUUGUAGACCAGUUUGAUGCAGCUGAGGCUGGCAUAGAUGGUGGAGGAGUAACGAAAGAGUUCCUGACAAGUAUCAGCAAUGAAGCAUUCUGCUUGAAGAAUGACCCUAAGCUAUUUAUCACAAAUGACCAAAACCUCUUGUAUCCGAAUCCCUCUGUUCUAGAUGAGGAAAGAGAAUCCUUGCGGCUUGAAGGAUACCAGGAAUCAUCCCUGCAUUGGAAUUUGAGGAUUAUUGAAAUCCUGCGUCAAUUUGUCUUCUUAGGUCGUAUUGUGGGGAAGUGUUUAUAUGAGGGUAUUCUUAUUGAUAUAGAGUUUGCCGGCUUUUUCCUUCUGAAGUGGGCUACUUCGGGACUGAUGGGAUCAGACUUUGGGUAUCGGGCUAAUAUCGACCACCUUAGAGAUCUCGACGAAAGCUUACACCAGGGCCUACUGAAGCUUAAAAAUUAUCAUGGCAACGUGGAAGAUUUUUUUCUAGACUUCACGAUUACAGAUUCAAUCACACUGAAAAAUGGAGUCAAUAAAACAAUUACGAGAGAACUAAUACCUAAUGGCUCACAAGUACCUGUAAAUAAUGAAAAUAGACCCCUCUACGUGUCUUAUGUAGCACGUCACCGACUUCAAAUACAGCCCCAUCAGCAAACACAAGCAUUUUUAAAAGGGUUGACUGACGUAAUAAAUCCAACCUGGAUAUCAAUGUUCAAUCAAUCUGAGCUACAGAGACUUGUUAGUGGCGAUUCUUCAGAAAUUGAUAUUGAUGAUCUCCGGAGAAAUACCGUGUACAGUGGUGCAUAUCAAAUCGGGGAUGAUGGUGAAGAGCACGAUACUAUUAAAAUUUUUUGGAAAGUUUUCAAAUCCCUUGAUGACUCAGAUCGUCGGAAAGUGUUGAAGUAUGUUACUUCAACACCCCGCGCCCCGCUACUUGGUUUCUCUCAACUAAAUCCCCUAUUCACCAUUCGAGAUUCGGGUAAUGAUGAAGAGAGGCUCCCAAGCACGAGUACAUGCGUAAACCUGUUGAAACUACCCAGAUACGCAAACGAAUGUAAUUUGAAAGAGAAAUUGCUCUAUGCGGUCCAUUCGGGUGCAGGAUUUGAUCUCAGUUAG